UGGUAUUCAAAGGGGUAAAACACGGCGAGAAACUCAAGGAGGCAGUAGAAAGAACUAUAUUACACGUGAUAGGCAGCCAGGAUCGUCAUCAUCAUCUUCUUCUUCGAAUCUUCAGCUCUGUUCUGUAAGCGGCCAGUCUGUACGCAAUAAGACUGCCCUCAUUCACGACUUCAUCUGUGACAGCAAAGUAGACUUGGUUGCCAUUACAGAAACUUGGCUUAACAUAAAUAACUCAGCAGUUCUGCGUGAACUUACUCUACAUGGGUAUCAAUUUGCUCAUCAUCCACGAAAUGGUCGCCGUUGCGGCGGGACUGGCGUUGUAUUUAGAGAGACAAUUAAUGUCCGUACGGUAGCUGCUGUAUAUCCAUUCGGUACCGGUAAUGGGGACACCGCUCUCAGAAAAGAAAACGAUUAUGGAGAACGCGUGACAUUAGAUAGAGCAUUUCCAUUCGGUGGGAAAUACCACAAUGUAUUAUACAUAGGGGACAACGGCGUUAUCUCGUUUGAAGAUGCAAUUUACGUGGAGUCUACCGAUGCUAAAUUUAGAAAUUUACCAAUUUAUUACGAUGCAGACGAAGACGGUGUAGUAGAGGACGCGGAUGCAAUAUUUCCAUUUUGGGCAGACGUUGACAUAUCUGGUGACGGUGGAAAUCUAUAUUAUCGCGUUUCGACCAGUACGUCAACCCUCGACCAAGCUACGACAGACGUCCGCAGUUACUUCCGGAGCAAUGUCAACUUUCAAGCUCAAGUAGUUAUUGUCGUCACAUGGGACCAAGUCUCAUUUUACAACCAAGCUGGUGACCAAGACCCUAGGAAUACUUUCCAGGCAGUGCUUAUCCAUGAUGGUCAAGAGUCGUUCGUUUUUCUCAACUAUGGAGCCAUCAACUGGUUAGUUGGGUCAUUGAUGCAAGGCGACAACAAUACUGGCCUUUACGGUUCUUCCAAAAUCGGCAUUGCAAUAGUUGGGUUUCUGAUGUCCGAUGGUGAGAUUUACGAAGUCUUUGACUACGAUCAAGAUACAUUACGGGAAAUGCCUACUGACAGCAAUGUAGAGGUCGAUGGAGUCUACGCAUACAAGGUGGACAGCAAUUCAAUCAUUGAUCCAGUCUGCAAAACUGGACCGGGGGCAGAGUUGUCAGUUACCCCAGCCCGUUGCGGUAUGAUGGGAGGCGAAAGGAUAUACCUCUAUGGACCAUGCUGGGCGGUAGAGCGAGUCCAGACCUGCGUGUUCUCACAUGGUGGUGAGAUCAUCCAGGAAGUCAAUGCGACGGUCCUCAACACCAACGAGGCCUAUUGCGUUCCUGACCCUUUCUUCCUCGUCGGAGAGGUGACCAUUGCAGUGGUGAAGGCAGGUGACGAACUUGCUACUUCACCUUCAACCAUAUAUUCACUUCUUGAAAACGGGAGAGUAGCGCCUACCAUAACAAGAAGGGACCCCGGUUCUUUCAAUUGGGAUAUGGCUGACAACUCUCUUACUAUUACUUGGGAACCAGAUCAAGAAAGCUUUGGCAGCUCAGACAGCGCCCUCUCGAUCAAUGUUCUAGCAUACCGCGAGGACAACCCCGGACCACGAUGGGAAACCGUCUAUCUAAUAACUAAUAGCACAGCAGAUGAUGGCUCGCAUACGUUCACUCCAACGGCACAACGGGAAGUGACGGAAGACAAUGCAUUCGGAGUGAUGAGGAUUACUGGGAAUGCAAACGGUCGUGAACGUGUCCUAUGGAGCGACAUUCAUCCCCUGGGUUAUCUAUUGGAACAGUCCUAUCAGGAUAACCCAGUCCUGUGGGCCACAGAUAAAUGCAAUGAGUGGCUUACGGCAGACGACGCCAAAGGAUCGUUUAUUGAGAACCUUCCGGCUUGUCCUUGCACCUUGGAACAGGCAACAGAAGAUGUAGGCACCUUCAUCACCGACCCCGUCUGCAAUACUCUGAACCCGGAUGCAAAUUGUGUGGGAAAUGAAGGAGCUAUAUAUUGCGUUCUCAGCGCUUAUGCAAGUCGUAUUACUAUGUCCGGUACCAAAUGUUGCUAUGAUGAAAACAAUCUUCUGAUGCACUCUGGUGACACGAGGUAUGCAGGUAUGGCAGGCCGAUCACAUAUUCGAGGAGCAAGUCCUUACAGGCAGAGAAAUCUGGUUCCAGGACUAUCCCAUUGGUCCAAUGACGUGAUUGCCAAGCACUUUUGUUGUCGAUGGGCUAGCGAGAAGGAAUGCUUCGAAUACACCAAAAUCAGACCAACCACUGAUUGUGUUGCUUACGAACCACCAACUAUAUCAUUGUCGUUUGGAGAUCCCCAUUAUAUCACAAUGGAUAGGAAUAAUUUCACAUUCAACGGGCUCGGGGAGUACACCCUACUUCGUUAUGCUAUGAGUGGGACUAAGACAGGACCAUUUGACUUCGAGCUCCAGGGGCGACAGAUAAAGACACUUGAUAAAAACGGUAGGGAAGUUGAUGUGACUAAACUAUCUUCGAUCGCAAUGCAGGACAGCGGUUCGGAUACCAUCGUUGUGGAGGCUAGCGCCAGCAGCGGUAUGGACGUUUACAGAAGGGGCACGGAAGACAACGCUGAAUGGCAGUCGGUUUAUUUCUCACAUCAGACCUUCACAGAUUUACAAGGUUGUGUCGUAGGCGUCACAGAAUUUAAACUCGAUGUCCAGAUCCACGGUGUCGUCGUCAUGUUCAAAGAAACCGGUAUCGGCGUUGCAGUCAACUACCACGACGGAAUGCUUGCUGUACAACCAAUCCUGCCGUCGACAAUAGAUAGCGAUCAUUUGUCUGGGUUGUUUGGCAACAGGGAUGGUGACCCCAGCAACGACUUGGAGGCACGGAACAGAAACACCCCACUCGAGGAUUCGACAGAUGAAGAUAUUUUCCAAUUUGGCCAAUCAUGGGAGAUCGAAGCAGAUUACACCUUAUUCCGAUACGUGUCAAACAGGGACCAUUCCUUCUACCACAAUGCGUCAUUCGUUCCUCGUAUGAACGUAGUUCUCCCAACACUUUACUCACCCUGUAACAACAUUUACCAAUGUCUGUUCGAUUACGAGGUGUCAAAUGACGACGAGGACCUAGCCCUGGCUACAUUGGAUGCUUACGAGAAAUUUAAGAGCAGCUCGGAAAACAUUCGUAAAAUCGACGCAUGCCCGUAUCUGAUUACACCUUACAAUGGCACAAAGUCGUACUCGUCAGAUUCGAAUAAAUAUUUUGAAGGCGCCGAGGUCACAUUUACCUGCGAUGAGAGUUUAUUAAUGGUUGGCUCAUCCUUCAAGCGAUGUGAAUAUGACAUGGAGGCAGGAAGCCUUGUAUGGACCGGAUCAGAAGGGGAUAAUGAAUGUAUAGGUAAGAGCUUUGUGCAGGAACAAUCCACAAACUCAACCUAUACCUCUGCAAUAUGUAAUAAACGUAAAAAGGGAGUUAAAAAAGGUCAUAGUGAUGAUUAA